AUGCAAGGUCUUCCUGCCAAAACCGUUGAGCAGCGAGAAGUGCUACUUCAGAAACGAUCAGCCGCAUUCUGCGCUCGUGCGGCCUCGCUAGCUUUUCAAGCCACCGACUACAAUGUGGAAGGUUCCCAACAAGGCGGAAGUGUGGAGCCGCAUGACGUGGAUGCGCAGCCGACAGUGCUACUACUCACACAAAACAUUGGUGCUAUCAGGUGUUGUAGUGAGGCUCCGCCCGCCGAGGAGCAUUUUACGGGAAACGAAGAGUCUAGUGAAGAUGUCAAAGGGGUUACUGAUGCUUCAUCCACCGCAAUAGCGGGCGAAGCUUCGGGCGGCGCCACAGUGCCACUGGGGUCUGAGAAAACGGAAGCGUAUCCUAGCAACGAAGAGGAGACCUUGCCUGCGCCGAUUCAGGGCGGUGGGGAAGGGGUUGCCGUGCUCACGGAGCGCAGCAAGCAGUUAGUUUAUGAGUUUAUCGCCGAUUUGCGUUCGUGGAUUCACCGCGCGGCGUCCUUUGCAGAUGCGCGAAGGCGGCGGAUGAGGUCACGUCUACGCUCCCCAUCACAGCACGGUGACAGCCCUGCGGCCGGUGAUGUUGACGAAGCUGACGUGAGAAACCAAGAUGAGGUGGACUGGUGGACGACCGCAACGGAUCCCCCGAGCACCGCCGGGAUACAGCCGCCGCAAAUAGAUGUUAUUGUGAUUCAUUUCCAGGAAGUCGGCGGCGCGGACCGGGAGAGGGCGUUUAGCGACUUCUUCGCGACAGCUAUCUCGACGCGGUUACUGCCGGAGGCUGGAUGGACGAGUGGGUUGCUGAUGCAUCACAGCGAUCCCGAUGCGGAGGAGGAGAAGGGUUUGUUCACUGGGGUAGGAAGCAUUGUCUUUCUCUCGCCACGGAUGUGCCCGAUCACGAGUUUGCUGCUCAUCCCGCAUCGGAUUUAUAUUCCCGUCUUAGACGACCCCUGCUCCUACGGCGGGAGCAUCCUGCGUGUGUUUCACGGUGCGAGCUUCACGUCUUCGCCACGGUCGCGGAAGGGUUUUGUUUUUAUUUCCCUGCGGCUCGGCACGGUGGUGCUGAACCUCUGCAACGUGCACCUCUUCCACGACGCCGACAACACGAAGGCGGUGGCGAGCAGCCCAAGCCGCUACGCGCGGCGCCGCCUGCAGGCCUGCCUCGAGGCGAUCGCUGAGUGCCUGCCGAUGAGCGGCCGCGACGAGCCUUUCUUCGUCUUUGGCGACUUCAACACGCGGCUGGAUGGCUACCAGCUCACGCAGCAGCUUCAACACGCGUCGCCGCGAAUGGAGCUGCGGACGGGGCCGAGGGAGCUCCGCUGCCCGGACGGCUUUUGGGCGCGUUUCGCCCACCCCGACGCGCGCGCGCAGCUCCGGGCGCUCGACCGUGAGCCCUCGCGCCUGCUCGACGCCGUCGCUGAGAGCACCGGGGUGGAGCUCGCGGAGAUGCCUGUGAGUUUCGCACCGACGUACCUCCGCCUACCGACCACCCUCGUGGAUCGCGCCGCGAACGUGGACGCCCCCCACGGGAGCGCAGAAAAGAGCGGUGGGAGAGGGGAGGGAGAGGUAAAGGAGGAGGACCCUGCUGCCGCCGCCGCAGCGCUGAUAGCACCCCGUGCGCGCGCGAACUUUGCGCAUCAGCGCAUUCCCGCGUGGUGUGAUCGUAUUAUGUUCAAUCCAGCUGCGCUGGAGUUCGUAACCAGCCGCCUCCGCGGUGGCGGGUCUAAACCCCCUCAACAAAAUCGCACCUCGGAGGGGGAAAGUGACGCGUGCGAUUCCCCAAGCUGUGGUGACAGCAGGCCCAGGAGUGCUGAUGUGGCGUAUUUGUACGACGCCGUAUCACUACUGCAUACCGAUCACGACGGUGUUUUCCUAUUGUUUUAA